AUGACCUCUCAAGCCUCAUCAUCCCACCCUCUCCCCCCUCCCCUCCAUCUCACAAUCCGCUUCACAACAUCCUUCCCAGAUCUCGAACUCGACAUUCCCUCCCCCCAAACAACAACCGUCCUCGCUCUCAAACACCUCCUCCGCACACGACUAUCAUCCAAAAGUCGCCUACGCCUCAUUCACCAAGGUCAUAUCCUCCCCGAUGCCUCAGCGCUCAGCUCAGUCCUCAAACCACAUCCUCCGCCGCCGCGCACCAAUGAUGAUCCGAAGGGGAAAGGCAAGGCUGUCGAGGGUGCGAAUUUGGCGCGGGUCUAUGUUAAUUGCUCCGUUGGUGAUGAGUUGUCGAGCGAGGAGUUGAAGAAGGAAGAGGAGGAGGCGCUUAAGCCGCCGAAGGAAACGACUGGUGAUGGUUCGAAACCUACGACUUCAACGAGGCCGCGACCACGGGGAUUUGAUCGAUUGCUGCAGUCUGGCUUUUCGCCUUCAGAAAUCGCAACACUGCGAACACAGUUUACUUCAAUUCAUACAGCGCGCUUCACACCAGAUGCUAUGCCAUCCCCUGACACCCUGCGCAACAUGGAAGACGCAUGGAUCGACAACAACGCUGAGGGCAUCCCCUCCGGGUCCAAUCCACUCGAGGACGAAAACUCCGGUAUGGCUUCCGUACUCGAAAUACUAAUCAAAGCCAUGAUAGUCGGAUUCUUCUUCCCGCUUGGAAGCCUGGCAUGGCUAAUGCGCCAGGAGGGUAUCUGGAGUAAGAGAUGGCAGAUAUUCGUUGGCUUUGGUGUUGUCUUUAGUCUUUUUAUUGGUUUCAUCAUGGAGCUGUCUGGAGACCGGCCUUAG